CAAGUAUUUAUAUUUAUAUAUAAUGGGAAACUAUCCAUCUAAAAAAAAGCCCAAUAAUAAAUCUCGAAAAAAUUCGAACAAACCCGAAAGACAAAAUUCAUUAGAAUCUAAUGAAGAGACGAUUUCAAGAAUAUCAACAACAACUUAUUUCAUAUCUGAAGAAGUUGAAACUGAAAGAUUACAACAAUAUCAUUAUUUGAUAAAACAUCUUUUCGAUGGUAAUUUUCUUUCUCCAAUACAUGAAUUAUUAAAUUCUGCGCCAUGCAAAGUGUUGGAUCUUGGAUGCGGUCCCGGAACUUGGGUAUUGGAUAUGGGAUCAACUUAUUAUAAUAAUAAAAAAUCAGUAUUCGUUGGAAUCGAUAUUAGUCCAACAUUUCCAAAUCAAAUAAAGCCAGCAAAUACUCAAUUCAUUCAAGCAAAUAUAUUGGAUGGGCUCCCUUUCGAAAAUAAUGAAUUCGAUUUUGUUUACAUAAGAGCUUUAGGUUUAUCUUUCUCUGAAACACAAUGGUUAGAAUUGAUUUUACCAGAUAUUUUAAGAGUCAUAAAACCAGGCGGUUGGAUUGAAUUUAAUGAACCAGGUCCAGAUGCGAAAAAUUAUGGACCGUAUUAUAAAAAAAUUGUUGAUACACAUAAUAAAGAAAUGUCUAUAGGUGAUAUUGAUCCAAAAAUCAUUCUCAAAUACAAAGAAUGGCUCUUAUCAAAUUCAAAACUAACCAAUGUUCAAGAAGAAGUUCGAUAUGUACCUAUAGGUUCUUGGGAUAAAAAUAAUAAACUAGGUGAAAUAUGUCAAGAAAAUUUUAAUACUUAUUUAAAGAAUAUGGAAUCUUGCAUUUCCAAUCAUCUUAAUAUUAGUAUAGAAGAAUAUGAUCAAUUAUUAACGAAAUUUUUUCAAGAAUGUAAUGAACUUAAAACUCAAUUUCCUUUUUGUUGUAUUUACGCUCAAAAACUUUAA